GAGCGCAUCGCCGCGGGCGGCACGAGCCGGUGCGAGUGUCUCUCUGUGGUGAUUUUCCCCUUUAUCUCCGUGUCCUUUUCCUGCCUCGCAGCGCUGCGCUCGGGGGAGAAGCACCGCGUCGGAAGGAGCCGUUACUUUGGACGGGCAGCAUGAGGCUCUCCCAGGGAAGGAGGAGAAGCCGCACUGAGCAGCCGGGGAAGGUCGUGGUUCGCAUCUGUUGCUCCGAAGCCCGGCGGCAGGCGCGGUCCCCUGGGCUGGGAGUGAUGGAGAGCCUCUAACCGGUGGGCUAGCGUCCGAGCGUCUGCACCGGGGGCAGACAUGGAGAAAAUAAAGCAAAAAUGAGGAAAAGUGGCUGAGAGGGAGAGAAACAAAACAAACAUUUCUCAGAGGGAUUUAACUUACAAAAAGGGAGCUUCCCGGGGAAAAUGUGACCCGCUGGAACUUCGGAAGGAAGAUGCCGGCUGCCAACACACGCACCUAAACCAAAGAUGAAGUAUUAGAAUGGCAUAAAAUAUGGCCCAGUUCUACUACAAAAGAAGUGUCAAUGCUCCCUACAGAGAUCGUAUCCCUCUUCGUAUUGUACGAGCAGAAUCUGAACUGUCCCAUUCAGAGAAAGCCUAUCUGAAUGCUGUGGAGAAAGGAGAUUAUGCUACUGUGAAGAAAGCAUUGGAAGAAGCAGAAAUUUAUUUCAAGAUCAAUAUUAACUGCAUUGAUCCCCUGGGAAGAACUGCGCUCCUUAUUGCAAUUGAAAAUGAGAACCUUGAGCUCAUUGAGCUGCUCUUAAGUUUUAAUGUAUAUGUGGGAGAUGCUCUUUUGCACGCCAUAAGGAAGGAGGUGGUUGGUGCUGUGGAACUGCUGCUAAACCACAAGAAGCCCAGUGGGGAGAAACAGGUCCCACCAAUACUUCUGGACAAGCAGUUUUCAGAAUUCACGCCAGAUAUCACACCCAUUAUUCUGGCUGCUCACACCAACAACUAUGAAAUCAUCAAACUCCUCGUGCAGAAGGGGGUCUCUGUGCCCAGGCCACACGAGGUCCGCUGUAACUGCGUUGAAUGCGUCUCAAGUUCGGAUGUGGACAGCCUUCGGCACUCUCGAUCUAGGCUCAAUAUCUACAAGGCUCUGGCGAGCCCAUCUUUGAUUGCUCUGUCCAGUGAGGAUCCUUUCCUUACUGCUUUUCAGCUGAGCUGGGAGCUGCAGGAACUGAGUAAAGUUGAAAAUGAAUUUAAGUCAGAAUAUGAGGAACUGUCGCGGCAGUGCAAGCAAUUUGCAAAAGAUCUUCUGGAUCAGACACGGAGUUCCAGGGAAUUGGAAAUUAUUCUUAAUUACAGAGAUGAUAAUAGCUUAAUAGAAGAACAAAGUGGCAAUGAUCUUGCAAGAUUGAAACUGGCAAUUAAGUACCGUCAAAAAGAGUUUGUUGCCCAGCCCAACUGCCAGCAGCUGCUUGCAUCCCGCUGGUAUGACGAGUUCCCUGGGUGGAGAAGGCGACACUGGGCUGUGAAGAUGUUGACAUGCGUUGUCAUAGGACUCCUUUUCCCAGUCUUCUCUGUGUGCUACUUGAUAGCUCCCAAAAGCCCCUUAGGGCUGUUCAUCAGAAAGCCAUUUAUCAAGUUUAUCUGCCAUACUGCAUCCUACUUGACUUUUCUGUUCCUGUUGUUGCUUGCAUCUCAACACAUUGACAGGUCAGACGUGAGCAUGCAGGGACCACCUCCAACCAUCGUCGAGUGGAUGAUAUUACCGUGGGUCCUGGGCUUUAUCUGGGGUGAAAUUAAACAGAUGUGGGAUGGUGGACUACAGGACUACAUUCAUGAUUGGUGGAACCUCAUGGAUUUUGUAAUGAACUCCUUGUACUUGGCAACAAUCUCUUUGAAAAUCGUUGCAUUUUCAAAGUAUAGCGGGUUGGUUCCACGACAGAGCUGGGACAUGUGGCAUCCAACACUGGUGGCUGAGGCACUGUUUGCAAUUGCAAACAUCUUUAGCUCCUUACGCUUGAUCUCGUUAUUCACUGCAAAUUCUCACCUGGGACCUCUGCAGAUAUCUCUAGGAAGAAUGCUGCUGGACAUUUUGAAAUUUCUCUUCAUAUACUGCCUUGUGCUGCUAGCAUUUGCAAAUGGAUUGAACCAGCUGUACUUCUACUACGAGACGCAAGAAACCAAGUGCAAAGGGAUACGAUGUGCAGAGCAGAAUAAUGCAUUUUCAACAUUAUUUGAAACGCUGCAGUCAUUAUUCUGGUCUAUAUUUGGACUCAUCAAUCUAUAUGUGACCAAUGUGCAACCAAAGCAUGAAUUUACUGAAUUUGUUGGAGCCACUAUGUUUGGUACCUAUAAUGUAAUCUCUCUGGUUGUUCUACUCAACAUGCUAAUAGCCAUGAUGAAUAAUUCUUACCAGCUGAUUGCUGAUCAUGCAGACAUCGAGUGGAAGUUUGCUCGGACAAAACUCUGGAUGAGUUACUUUGAAGAGGGAGGGACUCUGCCCACUCCUUUCAAUGUCAUUCCAAGCCCUAAGUCCCUCUGGUAUCUGAUUAGGUGGUUAUGGAGACACCUGUGCAAGAAAAAAAUUAGAAGAAAACCUGAAAGUUUUGGAACAAUAGGGAGACGUGCAGCUGACAAUCUGAGAAGACAUCAUCAAUACCAGGAGGUUAUGAGAAAUCUGGUUAAGAGGUACGUUGCAGCAAUGAUUAGAGAUGCCAAAACUGAGGAAGGGCUGACAGAAGAAAAUUUUAAGGAGUUAAAACAAGAUAUUUCCAGCUUCCGUUUUGAAGUCCUGGGUUUGCUAAAAGGAAGCAAGCUUUCCAAUGUGCAGACUCCAAAAAUGAAUAAAGAUGCUGCCUCUCUGUCAGAAACUGAAGAAAAGAAUGAGAGUGAAGGAAACAAGAAAGGAAAGAAAAAGGCAUUCAGCCUUUUUGAUAUUACAACAAUGAUUCACCCACGAUCAGCCACAAUUGCCUCUGAAGCACAUAACGUAAGCAAUGGCUCAGCAAUGUUGGUGUCAGAGUCCAUUAAGGAGAAACAGAAGCGUGUGAAUUUUGUGACAGACAUAAAAAAUUUUGGGUUAUUUCACAGACGAUCAAAAACAAACUCUGCGGAGCAGAGUACAAAUAAAAUAUACACUGUUUCUGAAGAAGUUUCCCGUCAACAGGCAGAAGAACAAUGUGAGAAAAAUGAUGAACUGGAAGAGGGAGAACUGACUAUGAACUGUGAAGUAAACACCCAAAGUUCUGAUGAAAAGUGCAUGGUAGCUGAGUUGCAAAAUGACAGCAACGCUUUGGAUUCACAGGAUGAAGGAAGUAUUUGUGCUUUAGAAACAGAGAAAAUGGAGUUACAGAACUCAGAGCCAGCCACACCACAGGAUCAGCUGGACAAGGAAUCAGACAUUAGCACUAACUGUGAUGGAAAACAGGAAACCAUUGAGCAGGGUGACUAUGUGAUAACCAGGUUGUGAUGCUUACAGGAAGAAGCAUUUACAAAUAUAUAUAUUUUGCAUAGUGCUUUUGGGGGGGAAUGUUUUAAGAACAUAUUAGCAAAUGCAGAAUUACACUUUAUAGUACUCAACUGUGGCACAUGAUCUUGUAACACAGGAAACAAGAGAAAGAUAAUAAAGGGACCUUCUGUUUUGUAGCCUGCUUUAGCUUUCACAAUUUGUUUUACAUUUUUUAAUAAAUGGAAGCAUCUUGUAUUCUUGUACUGUUGCAAUAACCCACAGAAACUUUUUAGCUAUCUUUUUCAAUUUCAACAAAAGCAAUUUCUCUCAUAUGAUAGUUGACUCCUACGAUAAAUAUUUUUCUAUGCAAAUAAAAAGUAGCUUCAGAGACUUGUAAGCCUUUAUUUAACUUUGUAGGUUCUUAAAAAUUCUGGGCAACAUAAUAAUCGUAAGUGGUUCCUGUCAACAUAUGUCAUGUCAAGCUAUUAGAAUCAUUUAUUUAAAUUGCUAGGAACUUGAUUUGCUUCAAAAUCUGUAAAGAAACAAACUAUAAAGUAUAUUCUUUUAUUUAUUGAAGGAAUAUGAAUACCUGUAAAUUUUGAACAAUCAGUCUAUUUGAUUAUUUAAUUACAGCUUCUCCCACUCAGCAAGAGAUUUAUUACCUUCCUGAUGCCGCUGUUAGAAAUACACCGGAUUUGAAGACUGUAAAAAUGUAUCUUAUAGCAAAAGAAAUAUUUGUGUCUUGCUAAAAAUGGCGGAUUACUUCCCAGGAAUCCGUAGUCACAACAGCUACUGCUUCUUCAACCAUUUCUUUUUCCAAACGUGGACAACCUAUGCACUUUAAUGUUCUGCUGCUUAUUAGCUUUUGCCUUCACGAUACACUUGUAUUUGCUGAGAGAAAGAUAUAUCAGGAAUAAACAAGCAAACAGUGAUCCCCUGAGUACCUUGAAAAUGUGGCAGUUUGCUGAGAAGUUUUUAAAGAAAAACCUGACGAAAGUUCCUUUGACAGCUUCACAGUUUGGGGGAACCUGAUUGGAGGUUUUAUAAAAUUACUUAGACAUUUAAAUGUAUAAAGAAAAUCUAAUAGUAUUUUUCUUAAUUGAUAAGUGACUUCUUGUCUAAGUCAAAAAUGGUAUUUUUAAAAUUAAACAGUCUGUUGCUUUUUAAUUAGUGACUGGUGUCCUACAUUAUUAAAAACUUAAAUUUACAACUGACCUAAGAAGGAACACCUUUGAGCUUCCACACCAUUCUUUGUCCAUGGAGACAUAAAAAUACCACAGCACUGUGGUCAUUUCAUUCUUAACAUCCCUGUCCCUACUUUAAUAGAUUUUGUAGUUCAUUUUUGCCGGUGGUAAGAAACCUGCCGGUGCAUACAGCACACCUACAUCCUAUAUUCCUAGGAACACAAAACAUGCAGAAAAUAAGGACAAAACAAAUGGAAUCCAUGGCAUGUUAACUACCACCUUGUAAGAUAUGACCUAAAGCCAUACCAGUCUGGACAUAAACUGUCCUUUUACUGAACUGAGUUUUGAAAAUCCUUUCAUUGAUACACAUUUGCGUGAGUUUUUCCGCUCUGCUUCACUCACAUACUACUCUCUAUGAGCUCACAUAUUGUGAGCUUCCUUCCUGUACAUGCACAUGCGCCAUGCGCCUAGGAGUGAAUUCACUGAGCCAAAAUGGAAAAGUGGGACAAAAGGUCUGUAUUGCUUUGCAACAUUGUGUUUACACCACAUUUGAUUACUAAGUUAUGGCUGAUUUCCAUCUUGGCGUCUUGACUGCGCUGUGGACCCCUUCUCCUCAUCUCUUCCCUUGUCCACCGUUAGAUUGUGAGCUCCUCGGGGCAGGGCCAGAAGCUUUUCUGUUUGGAAAGCACCUGAAUUAUAACAAGCAUAUCAAGAAAUAAAUAAUAAUAAUGAUGAUGAAAUAACUUCAUAUCAUUUUUACUAGAUCAACUCUUAGAGAGUUCUUUUUUCUACUGUAAUGUCUGUGCUAAGAAUGACGUAAAGUCAAUGUGUCACAUGUAUCUUUUGUUAUGAACUUCUCUAUAUCCCAGUUUUUCUCCAUCACAGAUUUCAUAAAACAAUUCACAACAUAUUUUAUAAAGGCCAAUACUGUCAUUUGGGAUAUACAAGUUUGCCAGUCCAGAGAUGCUGGGUUGAUUUUCAUUUUAAAAACUGCCUCCUUUCUUCUUUCCGGUGUGGCACCUUGUCAUACUGCCAGUUUGAGAUGGAAUUACUGACUCAGCUAGUUGCCUGAUUUUUUGCAGUCCAGCACAGCACAGAGAAAGGCACCAUGACAAGUUCUGAUCUUUUGUUACCACUGACAAAUAAAAUGGUAUGGCCAAGGGCAACCAUAGCAUAGGUUUCAUUGUAAAUGAUUUCCAUCAUAAAACAUAAAAAAUGCACUAGUUCUUUACUACAAGGGUGGUAGGGUGCUGGAACAGGCUGCCCAGAUAGGUUGUGAAUACCCCAUCCCUGGAGGUGUUCAGGGCUAGGUUGGAU